UUACAAUAAAGAUCUUCUGGACAAGGUGAUGGAAAUGGCUGAUGGGAUUGAAGUGGAAGACCUGCCACAGUUUACAACCAGAAGUGAAUUAAUGAAAAAGGGUCUUGCCCAGGCUGACCUUGCGCUGUAG